AUGGAAAUGUCUCUUACCACUUCUUCCGGUCAGAGGGCAGAAAUGAGCACCCUAGAAACCAAUCGGUACUUGCGCUCCCAGCUGGAAAAAAACAAACAGAACUUCCGAGACCUCACAGAGAAGUACCUGACAUCCACAGCGACUGCCUUCUGCCUGGCCAACCGCCUGCAGAAAUACAAUUGUGAAGAAUACAAAGACCUCAUCGCAUCGGUGCUGGAAGAGGAGCUGCCCUUUGAGAAAGGGGAGCUGGUAGAGGAGAGGAGACCAGCUUCAUGGCUUCGGAAACAUGAUUUGCUAAUUCAGACUCAAGCCCAAGAACUGACCCACUUACAGCAGAUAAUCCAGGAAGGGAGAAGUGCCUGCUACCUUUUCACCCAGCAUGUGAAGAACACAGUCAAGUCUUUUGAGAGCCUCCUCAGGAAUACCGACAUUGCCCACUACCAGGGGCAGAGACUCUGUGAGCAACUGGUCCAAGGAGGCCAGCUGGCGGAGAGCCUGGCCAGCAAACUCACGACGAAAAAUCAUAAUGGUAAGAAGGAUGAAGACACACAAGAGCUACUGGCUCUCAGGUCUUCUAUGAAGCUGUGGCUCCAGGUUGCCUUGAUUUAA